GUCAAAAAGUUUAUUUACUUCCGGUGUUUCGCUGCGUGUUCAUGGGAAAGUAGCGGAGUUAAAGUCAGGCAUCAGAGAUGGACUCCAGUGAGGAGGGGGGCUUCAGUGUUGGGGGAGAAGAGAACUACUUCCAAGGCUACACCUUCACUGACCGCUCCCACUCCAGCCGUGUGGUCAAGAGCAUCAUGGACCUGUGUUUGGAGGAUGGCCUGUUUGCUGAUGUCACCAUCACGGUGGACAGCAAAGAGUUCCACUUGCACAGACUGGUGCUGUCAGCACAGAGCAGUUUCUUCCGCUCCAUGUUCACGUCUAACCUCAAAGAGUCCCGCAAUCGCGCUAUUGAGCUGAAAGACGUAAGUGCUGCCGUCUUCCAGCUGCUGAUUGACUACAUCUACCAUGGCACCAUUAAAUUGAGUGUGGAAGAGCUGCAGGACACGUAUGAGAUGGCAGAUAUGUACCAGCUAACUGCUCUCUUUGAGGAAUGUUCUCGCUUUCUUUCACGGACUGUGGAGGUCAAGAAUUGCCUACAGGUGAUGUGGCUUGCAGACCGGCACAGUGACCAGGAGUUGUACACCUCGGCCAAACACUGCGCUAAAAUUCACUUGUCCCAACUUCACGGGACAGAGGAAUUCCUCAAUUUGCCUCUCUGUCUGCUAUUAGACGUCAUUAAAGAUGGAGUUCCAAGCUCCCAGAAUCCAACUGUGGCCAUUGAGUCAUGGAUAAAUCACAACAAAGUGGAGCGGGAGGAGUUUGCAUGUAUUCUCCAAGAAAAUCUCAAGGAAAUUGGUGAGAACGUCCACUUUUAUCUGAUUGGUAAGGAGGACACGAGGACACACUCACUGGCUGUGUCGCUUCAUUGCGAUGAGGACGAUGCCAUCAGCGUUAGCGGUCAGAACAGUUUAUGCCACCAGAUCACUGCCGCUUGCAAGCACGGAGGCGACCUCUACGUGGUGGGUGGUUCCAUCCCCCGACGCAUGUGGAAGUGCAACAUGCACACCAUGGACUGGGAGCGUUGUGCGCCCCUUCCCAGAGAUCGCCUCCACCACACUAUGGUGUCGGUGUCGAGUGAGGACGCCAUCUACUCGCUGGGUGGUAAGACACUGCAAGACACGCUCUCUAACGCCAUCAUCUACUACACGGUGAAGGACAACAUGUGGACAGAGACCAGCCAGCUGGACACAGCGGUGUCGGGAGCCGCCGGUGUCAACUUGGGAGGCACCAUCUACCUGCUCGGAGGGGAGGAGAACGACAUGGACUUCUUUACCAAGCCGUCACGCCUCAUUCAGUGUUUUGACACGGCGUUGCAGAAGUGCCAAAUAAAACCUUACAUGCUGCCAUUUGCCGGGUGCAUGCAUGCUGCCGUCCACAUGGACGUGAUCUUCAUCGUGGGGGAAGGAGACUCGCUGGUUUGCUACAACCCUUUACUGGAGAGCUUCACCCGCCUGCGUUUUCCCGAGGCGUGGAGCUGCGUUCCUUCUCUGUGGAAAGUAGCAAGCUGCAACGGAUGCAUAUACGUUUUCAGGGACAAAUGUAAGAAAGGUGACGCAAACACGUUAAAGUUCAACCCAGCCACGUCUGUCGUGUCUGUUAUCAAAGGUAUAAAGAUCCUCCUCACGAACUGGCAGUUUGUUUUGGCCUAACAUUUCUUAGUGUAAACACUUCCACUGUGGAAUCUCAUGUGGCUGUACACUACAGAGACACAAGUAUUGAGACACAUCUUUAAAUCAGGCUACGUUCCCUUCAAGUUGAAUUUACAAAUACAUUUUAGACAAUGAGCUUUCAGCUUUAUAGGAACAGUUUCGGUGUGGAAGAACUUUGCCGCCAAACACCUUUUUAGAAUGAAGUUCAUCGGUGAUCGUGUCUUAGUCGUGGAAUGUCAUUUAAACUCUAAACUGCCGAUUCCCAAAAAAAGUUGUUUUAGCAGUUUUAGAAUCACAUUUUUCAGUACAUUUCUAAGAUAAAUAAUUCUCCUGUCUAAGGAAGAAAUCUUAAAACAACCAAAAACCCAUCUUCCUUAACAGUGUGAGUUGAGCAAAAUAUGACAAACCCAAAUAGUAGACCAAUGUUGUUAAAUGUAUUAUACUUGGACUUGUAUGAAUACUGCAGCUACCAUCAUUCCCACCGCUAAUAAUAAUGUUCGACUACAAUCCUUUUAAGCAUUUUCCAAUCGUAAAUACAGGUGGUCCUCAGGCUACAAACAAGUUAUGUUCAUAGAUUGUGAUGUAAGUCAAGUUUUAGCGUGAGCCAGAUCUUGUGCCUAAACUAGAAAAGCAUCCGGAGACUGCAGACCUCCCCCAGGCCCUAUACCUCCCAAUAGUAAAAUAAUGCUGAAUCCAGAAGGUGAUCCGGAUCACCCCCAAAAUGUAAUCACACGUUCCUUAUCCCGUUUUUUAAAUUUCCUGAAGGUUAAAUGAAAAUCACUUAUGACUCAGCAGGUUAAAUCUAAUCAGUUGUUCUUUAUCCCAUAUUGUUUUUUCCUGGAAGUUUCAUGAAAAUCAGCCCAUAACUUUUUUAAUUAUUUUGCUAACUGAUGUCAACAAUUACAUAAACUAGUAAGUAGUCAUUCACACUGUGCACAGAACCAAAUUAAGGUCAUAUAAAAUACAGUACUACAGAGAUUAAAUAAAAUGUAAGUUUAUCAAAAAGGAGAACAACUCCAUGUCCUAACAGACUUAUUGGGAGGAGGAACUCUCCAUAGUGAGACCACUAUGCCGAUUAGUUCUCAGUGUCCAUUUUAUAAAGAAGAUCCCUCCACACAUUCAAAAAUACCAUCUUUAUCCUUUAUAAUGGUAGCAGUGUUUGAGCAGGAUGGACCCGGCUUGCACCCAAUUUUUCUCCACUGAGCAUUUAUCAAGGUCUAAUUUCACCUCACUUUCUACUUUCCUUUGUUUGUGUGGUACACACUCGAAGAUUCUGCCUUACGUUUGGGAGACAUAAUGAAGUGCAAAACGUUAACUAUUAAGCUUAUAUAGUGUGUACAGACUAAAAUCAAGUUUGUAAUUUAUUUGUGUGAGCGCAUUUGUAAGAAGAAAUGUGCCCGCUACAGUGUCAAAGUGUGGCCACUGUAAAAACUUUAUUAUAGGGAAUAUUUGUUAGUAACAAUCUCAACAAUCAAGUCUACCAAUAAGUUAGCUGUGGUUAAGGUGUAAAAAACACCUAACUUUUAAUGGUGACAGACAUCUCAUUUUUACAUUCUUUUCAUGCAAGUAUAAAAAACCUCAACUUUGACAAGUGAGUCUACUUUGAGGCCAAUUCAUGUAUCAAUAAUUUCUCUUUGUCUCUGUCUCUGUAGUCACACGCGUUUACAUCCUUUCUCUGCUUUCUGCAGCGAUUGCAUUAAUGAUAUAUGACACCUUUUGGAUGACAAACUUUGCAAAAAGAAGGAGAACCAAGUUCAACAUGCCCACAUUUCCACCAGCUGUAGGUGUAACGUUCAGCUGCUUCUAUAGUUGUGUUUACCAAGCUGGUUUAUUUUGCCAUUAUCAGUGUAAAAAAAGUCUGGCUAUGUUUGCUCUACCGCUUGUCUUGUUAUUGUCGUCUUAGCUGAGAAGUUGCCUAAUCUGUAACCAAUAAUGAACACGCCAACAUGUUUAUUCCCCAUGUGCAUGAAUAAUAAUACCAGGUAUAUUAACAGUACAGUACUAACUCAACUUACGAGCAUAAUUUGUUUUGUGACGGAGCUCUUAACUCAAAACAUUUCUAUUGCAAAUCAAGGUCUGCUAUUGAAAUGAAUUGAAAUCUAUUUAAUUGGGGCGUGACCCCACCCGCACCCCCAAAACAGCACAAUUUUAACAUCUAACCUGCCUUUUAAAAGGAUUACAAUCUUGGAUAAGAAAUAUUGUAUAAAAAUAAACUAUAAUGUACUAAAAACAACUACAAUAGUUUUGUGUAGUAAUGUAAUAAUAAUGUACAGUGUUUACUUUGAAGAGUGGACUGUUUGUCUGUCAAACACACCAUCAGCAGCGUCUCCCUAUUUUCAUGGGUAAAUGUCUGCCCUUUAGACAUUUAUUUUAACAUUCGACACAAGUUCCUCCAGUACUUCACCAAGUUGGCGCCACACUCUGUCACAUUUUUGAUCAUUUAUUUCUUUAAUUCAGUGAUAUAACGCCUGCAUUCUUCCUUCCAAUGGCUGAAAAAGCAAAGUUACAUCCAUUUCUAGCUAUAAAAUCAUACUAGCGCGUAAACCCAGAUGUUUUUACCAUGCCAACUAAAGGUGGGGCUGAUUUUAACUCAAAUCUUUGCUUGUACCUUAAAGCAUGACAAUUAGCCGACAGACUGCUCUUAUCUCAAAACACUCUUAAGUUGAGGUACCACUGUGCAUGGAAAUGAAGUGUUUUGUAGAUGUCUGACGUUGAUGUGCAUAAAUAUACGACACGA